CGGAUUUGUCAUUAAACUACUUAAGCUGCAGAUGCGCAUUAACUUUGUUAUUAAUUAAUUAAACUGAAACAAAUCAACAUGUCAGUGUUACAACUAAGGUGGAUGAAUUAUAUAUUUUCCGUGGCUUUAACAGUAGCAUCGGUUUCGCAGUUUUGUCAAGGAGAUCACGGUUCGAAGUAUAAGAGGGUAUGUUACUACACGAACUGGUCCCAGUAUCGCCCCGGUCAGGGCAAAUAUACCCCCGACGACAUUAACCCCAAACUGUGCACACAUAUCAUCUAUGCUUUUGCCAAGGUGGUCAAUAGUGAGCUGAAAAAAGUGGAGUGGAACGACGAUAAAAUGUUCAAGAAGUUACAGCAAUUGAAAGUCUCGAAUCCAGGUUUGAAGACACUAAUUGCCGUCGGGGGGUGGAAUGCAAGGAGUGAGGAAUUCAGCAAAAUGGUGAAGACAAAGCAAAAUCGAAAGAAGUUUAUUAAGUCAUCGAUUUCUUUCCUGCGUACCUAUGGUUUCGAUGGCCUCGACCUGGAUUGGGAAUAUCCUACAAAAAGAGGCGGCAAGCCAGACGACAAGAAGAAUCUUGUUCGUCUUGUUAGUGCGAUGAAAAGAGCAUUUGCCAGAGAUGGUUAUCUGCUAACAGCCGCAGUUCCGGCGGGUAAGAAGAACAUUGAUGACGGCUACAAUAUCAGACGACUUGCAGCGAAUCUUGACUUUAUAAACUUGAUGGCGUAUGAUCUACACGGAUCCUGGGAUAAAACAACAGGAGAGAAUUCUCCACUGUAUCCGAGCAGUAAAGAUUCUGGUGACAGACGACAAUUAAACAUGAACUGGGCAGCCAACUACUGGGCCAAAAAGGGUGUUCCAAAGCAAAAGUUGAUCAUUGGCAUGGCAACAUAUGGGAGGUCCUUCACACUGACUAAUCCAGCACAGAACCACAUGGGUGAUCCAGCAAGAGGGGCGGGUCAGGCAGGAAAGUUCACUAGGAGCGCUGGAUUUUUGUCAUAUUACGAGAUAUGUCAGAUGCAGGAGAGUGGGCGUGGCGAGGAACGCUGGGACAAUGAACAAAAAGUUCCAUACUACGUUAACGGAAGGCUGUGGGUUGGUUACGACAAUAUGAAAAGUAUUACAGAGAAGGUCAAUUGGUUAAAAGAUAAUGGAUACGGUGGUGCUAUGAUAUGGGCAUUGGACCUAGAUGACUUCAAAAAUGUGUGUAAGUCUUCCGGUCGGCCAUACCCGCUUCUCAGCGUUAUAAACGACCUCCUUACGUCAGAGCAAGUAAAGACGACAAAGCCAACGGGAGGUACAAAGACAACACGACCUAGCAGACACACGACGGCCCCUGUCACAACGACAACACAGAGAACAACGACACACAACGGGAAAGAAUUCAGUUGUGUGAACAGAGCAGACGGAUUUUAUCCCGACUCUUCCUCGUGCAGUCAUUUUUACAGAUGUGUAGACCAUCAUCCUUUCCAUUACGUGUGCCCAGGUAACCUGUACUACAACCCAAAACUUAAACUGUGUGAUUGGCAAGACAAUGUUGACUGCAAGUUGGAUUUCUACGGGUAUUAGUACUGAAGAGGACACUGAAUUUACAACAGAAACUCCAAUUCAACAAAAAAGUUGUACUUUAAAUCAAAAACUUAUUCUGAAAAAGAAAAAUAUCCAUCAUUCAAUUUUGUAUGUAUACCAAAAGUGUGGUAAUAUCUGGGGCCAACCUCUCUAGAAUCAAUUACAUUUGUUGUGAAGCCAUUGUUUUUAAUAUGCUAUGACUUUUACAUGCAGUCAAACCUAUCAUAAACAGCACCUCCUAAUAAAGGCCAAUACUACACACCUGCUUAUAAAGGACUAUUUUUUUCUCUUCCCGUUUCGUCUAUUUAAUCGUCCUGUCUUGAGAUACGCCUGUCAACAAAGACCACUGGCUAUUUUCAUUUACUGUGUGUUUACAUACAGGUUUGAUUGUAAUGGGAACGACAGGGUCACCGUAGAGAGGUGUUCUCUCUUUAGGGGUGUUAUUACUCACAAUCUAAGCCUCGUUUUGGGUAACAAUGCGCAUAUAACUCUGCAUGUUACCGAAUCUUAAACUGGCUUAACAUUUAUUUAAUAACGUUAUGUAAUUAUACUUUUUUAGUAACCAUAAUUUGUUAUACAAGCUAUUUUGUUAAACUAAACUUCUUUUAUUAAUUGUAUUAAUACUUUCUAGUCAAAAUAUUUAUCAUUUUGUCUACAUACUCAAGAUGAAUUUUAGCAACUCACGUGUUUUUUUUUGUGUUUUAAAAAUAACCACAACCACGUGUGUUUUUCGUUUAACUUGACUAACGAUGCCCCUUUUUUGUUUGCUUCAUCGUGCAUUUGAAUAACUAUUAUCAAAAAUAACAUUCUGUUUCAUAUUUAGUGUUGAGAUCGUGUCUUUUAUACAUGAUUUGGUAUCUACAAGAUGUUUUUUUUUUUAUUUCCACUCUUUAAUUUUUAUUUUGCUGUUUACUGGCUGUGCAAAUCUUAAAGUAGUUUUCUGCUUUCUUAUUACAUAUACAAUAGAACUAGACAAAUUGUACACAGUCAACAAAAUUGAUGAAAGUAAAACAAUAAUCAAUAAUGGCACAUUUUCUUGUCAUUGAUACAAGGACAUUUCUAAAAGACACUUUGUGUUGCAUUGUACUCCAGACAAGAUUGUGAACGCAAAAAUGUGUAGGCAAUCUGGCAAUCUGUUGAGAUCUGGGAAUCUUUUAAAAUUGCAAAUUUCUUCCUCCAUAUUAUCUUAAAACCCAGUGGCACAGAGUCAGAGAAAAGGGACUAUGUAAAAAUUCAUAAAAAGUUGUUUUGAAGAUAACUUUAUGGCAAAGAAAUUUAUUUUGAAUGACGUUAGCCUAUAUAUGUAAAUACAGGUAUCAUUGCUCAUUAAAAACAUCAUCUUCGUCACUGUUUAAAAUCCUCUCCAAUAGUAUAAAUCGAUCCAGUAUUUUUGUCUUAUUUCUUAUUUCUUUACUUUGUAUAUUAUGCUUUUGUAAUACUUUAUACUUUUCUAAUAAAGCAUUUAAAUAAAAUA